AUCCAGUCAUGGGAACCCACCAGAGAGAUGUCCCCGUCCUCUGUAUUCCCGGGAUUCCACACAGGAAGGUCACACCAUCCCUCACCAUCAUCAGAGUGGAAACCUGAGAGAUCCUAAAGUUGAAGUUAAAGAAGUGAUAAAAGAAGAAGAGGAGGAUGAUGAGGAUGGGGGGAUGGAGGAGUCAGAGCUUCUAAAAGAACACAAAGAUCUUCAUUUAGCUACAGGAACCCACCAGAGAGAUGUCCCCGUCCUCUGUAUUCCCGAGAUUCCACACAGGAAGGUCACACCAUCCCUCAACAUUACAAGGGUGAAGAUCUGAUAAAAGUUGAGGUUAAAAGCAGAAGAAGAAGAGGCGUAUGUGAGGGGGAUGAUCAGCAGUCUAUGGAGGAGGAUGGAAUAACGGGGACAUUUAUAGAGGAGGACACUCCUACAGAGAUCAGCACAGUCCAUGGCCGGGAGAUGAGGAAAACCUCUGAGGAUUGUCUCACUUUGUCUCCAGACUGGAAAGUAGAAGAUGAGGACAUCACACAGUAUAGUCCAGGAGAAAACCCGGCUCCCUCCAAUGUCCAUCCGGCACCACCCAGUGUAGAUGGACCAUCGGAUUCCUCGUAUCCUGAGGAACCUCAGACUGUGCGGGAGACCGGGCCGGCCUUCCAACAGGGAAGAGCUUCUCCUGUGCUGAAUGCGGGAAGAGUUUUUCUGAGAAAUCGAGUCUUUGUGCCCAUGAAAGAUUGCACAUGGGUGAGAAGCCGUAUUCCUGCCCUGAGUGCGGGAAAUGUUUUUCAGAGAAAUCCAAACUUUACAAACAUCAGAGAUCUCACACGGGGGAAAAGCCGUUUUCCUGUCCUGAGUGCGGGAAAUGUUUUUCAAGGAAGACCAAUCUUUUCAGACAUCAGACAUUGCACACGGGGGAGAAGCCGUUCUCCUGUCCUGUGUGUGGGAAAUGUUUUGUACAAAAAUCAAAACUUAUCACACAUCAGAGAUUGCACACUGGGGAAAAGCCGUAUUCCUGUCCUGAGUGCG